AUGGUCUACUACUUCGUUUCCAACGUCGUCUCUCCCUCUGCCACCAUCUACGUCGGCAAGGACAAGUUUGAAAAUGAGGAGCUUAUAAAGCACGGCCUGGAAUCAGACGUUUGUGCGCACGUAUACCUACGACUAAGGGAAGGCGAAACAUGGGAGAAUAUACCCAAGGAGCUCCUGGAGGACUGCGCGCAGUUGACCAAGGCCAAUUCGAUCGAGGGUAACAAAAAAGAUAACGUCACAGUCAUUUACACCCCCUGGGCAAACCUCUUGAAAAACGCCUCCAUGGCCACGGGCCAAGUCUCAUUCCACAAUCCUAAGCAAGUGAAAAAGGUGUUCGUCGCCGUACGCCAAAACCCGAUCGUCAACCGGCUCAACAAAACACGCGUCGAAAAGUUUCCCGACCUGCAAGCGGAAAAGGAAGAGGUUCUCAAGAAGCAGCGCAAAGAAGAGCAGAGGGCGAGAGAAGAUAAGAAAUCGGCGGAGAAGAAGGAGAGGCAGGAGAGGGAGCAGAAGAAAUGGCAGAAGGAGCAUGCUUAUGAUGAUUUGUUUAGUGAGGAGAAUAUGAUGCAGAGUAACAAUCAGGAUCGAGGAGAUGACUUUUUAGAUGAUUUUAUUUACGUAUACCACAACCAUCUCGACAACUACACAACUGCCAAACAACAGUCCACCAUGUCGCCGGACAAGCAGUCUUCUAGCGCAAAGUCCAAGAAGAAUAAGAAGAAGAACCAGGCCAACAAGCAGCAUGCCGAUAGUGGCAAGGCCGCGGAGAACGACACACAGAAUGAGAGUGUUGUAGAGGAAGAGUUAAGAGAUAAUGAGGGAGCAGAGAACGAAGCCCAGGAUGUCAACGGUGAAAGCAAAGCCAUCGCAGAUCCUGCGACGGAAGAGCAGAGACUCGAUGAGGAUAAUGACGAUGACAACAAACCCCCCGAACCUGAAACGAAGACAAGUACCAAACCGGCGGACUCGGAAGACAACAGUAAAUUCGACGACCUGGUACGAGACCGAGACUCUCUCCGCGCCGAAGUGACCGAACUCCGCAAAUCGCUGGAACAGAUCCAACACAAACACGAAGAAGAAAUGGAAGCGUUGCAGCAGAAGUUAAACGAGUCUGAAGACAAAAAAACGCAGGCUGAGACACAAUUUCAGAAACUCUUGGAGCGAGUGAAUACGAUCAAGUCGCAAUUGGGAGAAAGGUUGAAAGAGGAUGCUGAAGAGCUUUCUCAUGCUCGAUCUCGCAUCGAAGAAUUGGAAGACCAAAAUACGGCCCUGACAGCCGAGGUGAGCGAAAAGUUGACCAAAAUCGCAGACUUGGAGAAAGACGCACGAGAACAUUCCAAUGAAUUAUCGAGUCUGCGCAACAGGGCCAAUCUAUCGCAGCAGAACUGGCAGCAAGAGAAAGAGGAGCUCAUUGAACAAGAGUCGUAUAUCCGGUCCGAAUUCGAGGAGGCGAAACAGGCAAUGCACAAUUGGGAGGUGCUGGCGAUGGAAGAGAGAUCGAUCCGCGAGGGACUUACGGAGAAGGUCAAUGAUUUGGAAGAGCAGCUUUCGAGCCUUCGUGAUGAGUAUAAUAGUGCUGUGUCGGAUAAUAAUACGCAAUCCAACACGAUUGAUGGUUUGCAGCGAGCGUUGCAGGAGAUUCAAGACGCACGAAAACAAGAACUCCGUGAGCUUGUGCAAAGCUCCGAUGCACAACUCGAGGAACUCAGAGAGAAACUCCAGCAGGUUGAGAAACGAGCAGAAGAGGCCAAUACGGAACUCAAACAGGCACAGGCAGAAUUGGAUCGACUCCUCCCCUUCGAGAAAGAGGUCAAGGAGAAGAAUCUCCUGAUUGGUAAACUGCGACAUGAAGCUGUUACGCUGAAUGAUCAUUUGACAAAGGCUUUGAGAUUUUUAAAGAGAGGUAAACCAGAGGAUAAUGUUGAUCGACACGUUGUGACAAACCAUCUUCUACACUUCCUGGCCCUUGAUCGCUCCGACCCGAAGAAGUUUCAGAUUUUGCAGCUCAUAGCAGCUCUUCUACAAUGGGAUGAUGACCAAAGAGAACAAGCUGGACUCAGUCGUCCCGGCACCUCAACUACAAUAAGCAACAUCACCACUGCACUCAAAGUACCCAGUUUCUAUGUACAUCGAACACCGAGCACACCCUCUCUCAUGAGCGAUUACAUGGAGAACGGGAAUAAUGCUGCUGGCGGGAAGGAGACUCUUGCAGAAUUGUGGUCUAAUUUCUUGGAGCAAGAGGCCGAAGCUGCUGGGAAUGGAAAUAAACGGGGGUCUGCAGCUGGAAUCUCGCCUCAAUAG